CAAACUUCUCCAUUUCCAACACCUAUAACGCUUAUGACUUCAAAUCAAAUAUUUCAUCGCGCCCUCCAAACCCGCAAACGCUGCUAUCAUUCUCCAUGACGGGCACAGUUGCUUGAACAAGCCUUUGGAAUGAAAAUCCUCAGAUCCUACCAAACAUGUCCGGAGCCGAGGUUAUUGGUAUCGUCGCGGCCGCUGGGCAAUUCAUCGAGGUGACUCUCAAGGUCAUUCGGCUAGUCCAAGAAGUGCGUAGCAAAUCGCGCAACGCCCCGGCCGAGACACAGCAAUGGAUCCAAGAGAUCGAGACACUCAAGGACAUCGCCACCGUAGUGCAGCGGACAGCGGCGCUCCAGACGCCUCAGAUCGAAGAUAUUCUACGACGCUGUGACAGCCACAGUCGCAGUCUCUAUGCCAUUCUUGACGCCAUCUCCUGCGAGACGGACGCUAAUUUCGGCAAGAAGACGUGGGCGGCUAUCAACGGCGUUGCGCAAGAGGGCAAGAUUAGGGCCCUCUUCGACGACUUGGAGAGGGAAAAGAGCUCACUCACAGUCUACAUCACAGCCGCUCAUCUAGAGGCAGCGGAAUUGGGCGGGAAGCAGCUCGAAAAUAUCCAGCACAGCCUCCGAAACAUUUCACUAUCCCAGAAUGCUCCAGGCGGAUGCCUGGCCGAGUUGCGUUCCAGCUGUACUGACCCGAGUGACGACAAGCGACGCAUCGAGGACAGGAAGGGCGGCUUGUUAAAGGACUCGUACAAAUGGAUUCUCGACCACUCGGAGUUCCAGCGCUGGCGCGGCGACGACCAAUCUCGGCUGCUCUGGAUCAAGGGCGAUGCAGGCAAAGGCAAGACAAUGUUGCUGUGUGGUAUCAUCGACGAGUUCGAGGCCGCUAUCGGCUCUGGUCCUCUUCCUGACGCCGGCCUUAUCUCGUACUUCUUCUGUGAAGCUACCGACCCUCGGCUCAGAAGCUCCACAGCAGUGCUGAAGGGCUUGAUGUAUCUUCUUCUUGACCGGCAUGGGCCGCUCACUCACCACCUAGAAGCCAAGCACAAGCGCGCCGGCAAACAGCUCUUCGAUGACGCCAACGUCAACACUUUCUCAGCAUUGUCCGGCGUCCUUGACAAUUUGCUACGUGACCCAGCUCUCCCGCCCACCUACCUGUUAGUCGACGCCUUGGAUGAGUGUCGAGACGGGCUAUCGGAGCUGCUGAGAUUUAUCAGGAAGACGGCCUCGACGGCAACGUCACAGGUCCGAUGGGUACUCACCAGCCGGAACUGGCACGAUAUUCAACAAGAGCUUUCUUUUGAAGACUCCCGCACGACACUGAGCCUCGAGCUCAACGCAGACCAUGUAUCCCGAGCCAUUAACGUCUACAUCCACCACAAAGUCUCGCAGCUUGAGCUGAUACGGCACAACCAAGACCUGCAACGCCAAAUCGGAAAGGAACUGCAGAAGAAGGCGGAGGGAACUUUCCUCUGGGUAGCUCUCGUAUUUCAGCAACUCUUGACGUGCAAGCUACCCUCGGAGCUUCUCCCACUGCUGGAAACAAUGCCCCCCGGAUUGGAGCCGCUCUACGGCCGGAUGAUGGACGAAAUCGGCAAAAACCGGGAUGCCGCAACCUGUCGGCGCAUUCUCUCGACCGCUACGCUCACCAGACGUCCGCUCCAUCUUCUGGAGCUGCGAACCCUAGCCGCCGUGGAUGAGACGGACGACAUGGAGAGGGCUGUGAAUCAAUGCGCUUCGUUUCUCACUAUCCGACAAGACAACGUUUAUCUUAUCCACCAGUCGGCCAAGGAUUAUCUGAUCGAGCAUGCACCCAAAGCAGUGUUCCCAGAUGGUGAAGCUGGCGCCCAUCGAGCCAUCCUGUUACGGUCGCUACAGGUGAUGCCCACCUCGCUGCAUCGAGACAUGUACGACCUACGCCAACCCGGCUCGCUGAUUGCCGAGGUGGUACGCCCGGAUCCUGAUCCACUCAACCGUAUACGCUACGCCUGUGUCUAUUGGAUCGACCACUUUCUCCGUUCGUGUUCGUGGGAGCUCGACGGAGAAGGCGUUUUGCGGUUUCUGAGUACCCAUUUGCUUCAUUGGCUUGAGAGCAUAAGCCUUUUAGGCGUGCUUUCAGAUGGGAUAUUAUCGAUUAGAAGGCUCUUACGCGAAGUCCAGGCGGUUGGCCCAAGCCCCCGAGGAAGAGCGGGACUCUCAUUUAGGAAUAUCUUCGGUGUGUCCGUGGUCCAAACAUCCGAGCCGAUUGCUACCAUGGACCGUCUCGCAGAAUUCCUCGCCGAUGCUCUGAAAUUUGUCCUCGCUCAUGGGCUGGUGAUAGAACAAACGCCGUUGCAGACGUACUCUGGGGCCCUUGUGUUCUCUCCCGUGAACAGUCUCAUACGGAAACAAUUCUGGAACCAGAGGCUCCCAGCUCUUCAGAGCAUUUGGGGUACCGAGGAAAAUUGGGACCCAUGUUUACAAAUACUGCAGGUGAACAAUAAUACCUCCAUCGUAUCAAUAGCCUUCUCGCCGGAUGGAAAAACCCUUGCAUCGGGCUCAAACGACUCGACUAUACAGCUGUGGGAUGGGGUAACAGGAAGGGAAAGGCAGACCCUUCAAGGCCAUACUCAUAGAGUUCAGUCUAUAGCCUUCUCGCCAGAUGGAAAAACCCUCGCAUCGGGCUCAGAUGACCGGACUAUACGGCUGUGGGAUGCGGUAACAGGAAGGGAAAGGCAGACCCUUAAAGGCCAUACUCGUGGGGUUCAGUCUAUAGCCUUCUCGCCAGAUGGAAAAACCCUCGCAUCGGGCUCAGACGACCGGACUAUACGGCUGUGGGAUGGGGUAACAGGAAGGGAAAGGCAGACCCUUGAAGGCCAUAAUGAUUGGGUUCGGUCUAUAGCCUUCUCGCCAGAUGGAAAAACCCUCGCAUCAGGCUCAGACGACUCGACUAUACAGCUGUGGGAUGGGGUAACAGGAAGGGAAAGGCAGACCCUUAAAGGCCAUACUCGUGCGGUUCGGUCUAUAGCCUUCUCGCCUGAUGGAAAAACCCUCGUAUCGGGCUCAGACGACUUUACUAUACGGCUGUGGGAUGGGGUAACAGGAAGGGAAAGGCAGACCCUUAAAGGCCAUACUUAUGGGGCUUGGUCUCUAGCCUUCUCGCCAGAUGGAAAAACCCUUGUAUCGGGCUUACUCGACUCAACUAUACAGCUGUGGGAUGGGGUAACAGGAAGGGAAAGGCAGACCCUUGGAGGCCAUACUCAUAUGGUUUUGUCUAUGGCCUUCUCGCCAGAUGGAAAAACCCUCGCAUCGGGCUCAGACGACUCGACUAUACGGCUGUGGGAUAUAGAGGUAACAACUAGUAAACGGGUAGCUAAAGGUCAUAGCUCUCGCGUUACGUCGAUGGCUUUCUUGCCAGGAGGGGGAACACUGCUAUCGACUGCGACGGAUGGGACAGUCUGGAAAUGGAAUGUGGUUACCGGGAAAGCAAGGCGAGCAUGGAGAACGGUUAGUUGGUUUCUUAUAAAUCUUUGCGUUUGCCGACUCAUGACUUUUCUAGACUCUUGGGAGCAGCCCGGGCGCCAAUGCUGUCGCCUCCAGCUUCAAUCUCGACCAGUAUUCGCCCGCCAGUCCGAUCCGUGUUCAGCGAGAGUGGGUUAUUCUAAAAGGGCAGGAAGUGCUCUGGCUUCCGAUGCAAUACCGACCUAA